AACGAACUGUCAAACUUGUUGUCUAGUGUCAAACAAAAUACUGAUAGGGAUAUCGGAUUAUUUACUUGACAGAAGCACGUUUUAUAUUUUCAAUCUGGCGGAAAAAUAUGUCGACCGGAGAAAUUCGUGAAUAUCUUGAGAGUUUGGAUGUGUGUGCAAUUUGUGUGUUACGGUAUAAAAAUGUGAGCUUUCAGGAUUUUUCCAAUGUGCUAAAAGAUUUGGAAAAUGAAGCCACCGAAUUAAACACAGUAAAACGGCAGCGGUUUAAUACCUGCAUUGCAUGCUUGGACAUCUUCCAGAGCGUAAAUUCAGUUGCUCAAGAGCUGAUCAAUCAUUCAAAACUUCGAGACUAUGAGUGUAGCUCCUUGUACACAUCCAUCCAAAUUCCCAUAGCACUUUUGCUUCGUGAGUUAUCACUUUGGAUGGCGUUGAUAGAAAAGUUUCCGGGGAAAAUUGAUGAAAAUAUACCACCAAAUAUUUCGAUUAAGGACGUUUUCAAACAUUUGUUCAAUAAAAAAUUGUGUGAAACAACAAACCGAACCUUGGAACAAAAUCAAAAUGGAAUUCUGGUCAAUGUCUUCUAUGAUUUUGAUAUGGACCAUGAAGAAACGGAAAAGUUACUAGGAGUCCGACCGUUAUCAUUUCAAGCCAAUUGUGGUGAAAGCCGCAAAAACAGUAAAAAUAUGCGCGCCAUUACGCGUAAUUUUUUCGAGAAGAAUUUCUUCCCAAAAAACUUGAACUUCGAUGACUACAAAAAACAAAUUCCAGUACCACCGAAAACAUCUUCAGUGCCAAUCAAAUUUGCACGUUAUUCAAUUGACGGACCAACGGUGUGGGUUGCCGGUCGCUAUCGAAAACUUUCGCGUGAUCUUAGCCAAACGCCGUGGAUAAUUGGUGGAAAGCGCAUGAAAGAAGAUAGCAUUCAAGAGCUGAUUUCUCGUGAAAUAUGCCCGUAUUUCAGCAUUGAUUUAACGGAGCAUAGUGAACAAUGCAUAUUCAUUUCAAGUGGCCGAGAAGAUAUUGAUGUUCGAAUGUUGGGACAAGGCAGACCCUUUGUUUUGCAAAUAGCUGGCGCAAAAAGAAGUUCGUUACCGGCAGAAGUAGCAAGAGAAAUGCAAUCUCGUGUUGAUAAUUCCAAACAAGUAUCGGUUCAACAUUUGCAACUAGUAAAAAGAGAAGACCUUGUUCACAUUAAAACAGGAGAAGAACAAAAGAAGAAGCUUUACCGUGCCUUGUGCGUACUUAAAGUUCCUGUUACUUCGGAUACAAUGAAAAAACUUGACAUUUCUACCGGAUUUAUGAUACAACAGCAAACACCUUUACGAGUACUACAUCGACGUCCAUUGCUUAAUCGGCCCAGGGAAAUUUUCAAUGUGAAAGGUUACAUUUUGAAAGAUUUCACAUUGAAUAGAUCAGCAAAAAGGUAUCGUAUUAGAUAUCACAACUGGGGCGGGCACUUACAUCAAGGAGUUUAUCCAUGGAGAUUUUGGAAGGACAUCACCCAGUAUAUCUUCAAUCAUUGGACAAGACAUUGAUAUAGUUGCUUUGGAUGUUAAUGCAAUUGAUUUGCAAUGGCCACCCGAAAUUUCCAAUACAUUCAACUGAUAGGCAAAACAAAUGGCUACUUCAAUUAAUUAUGAACGACCAAUAAAAACAUACUUUUUUCACAAA